AUGAGCUCAUCCGAAAGUCGCAAUGCGUCGUCCAACCCACCCGCGCCAGCUCGCAGCUCAGCCAUGUCCAAGACCGACGACAGCAGCUCCAGCCAGACGCCCGUCGGCGCCUCGGAGGGCAGCGUAGCGUAUCAGUAUGUCGCCGUCAAGCAGAUGACGUCGGCUCGCGAUCACAUCGAGUACCAAUUGACGGUGCGCGAACAACCAAAGCAGUCGAGGAUGUGCGGUGUAGGCGAAAAGGCCGAUCGAAGACCUAUCGACCCAGCUCCCAUCGUGCAGCUCCGCGUCAUCACCCACGACCGACCUAUCCAACAGUGUAACACAGUCGAAAGCGGGCCUGUAGCCCCACCCGUCGAGAGGAGGCCAGGUCACGGUCCCAAGGCACCAAAGGCGGCAGGCGUGCGACCCGGUCUGCCGGUUGCUACGGCGCUCGGCGAUGGAUGGGAGGAUAAGGCGUGGUAUCUGGAAAACCCGUACCUCUUCAUGUAUGCCAUGCUCUGCAACGCAGACACGGACGAGGAGCUGCAUCUGCUCAACGAUGGAAAGACGAGGUAUACGAGCGGAUCAUGCGUCUCUUGCCUCUAUCACCUCAAGGACAUCGACGGCUCGCAUCAAGGCUUCUUUGUCUUUCCCGACUUGAGCAUCCGUGUUGAAGGACGCUACCGGCUCAAGCUCUGCCUUUUCGAGACGAUCGGACAUUCGGUUCACCAUUGCAAGUCGAUCUAUUCGGAUCCCUUCCACGUCUACACAGCCAAGCGUUUCCCUGGAAUGGAAGAGUCGACACGGCUGUCCAAGUCGUUUGCUGAGCAGGGUCUCAAGGUGCGCGUCCGCAAGCAUCCACGCUCGCGUCGCCGAGGAUCCAAGAGGACCAAGGAGGACAGCGACGCUUCGGAAGAUACUCCGCUCGCGCGAGACCGCAGCCCCAAGCGUGCCAGAGCUUCCGACAUUCUUCCCGUUUCGGGCCUUCCAGUACCGCAGCCCAUUGCAUUCUCAAGAUUGCCCCACUCGUACGAUGCGCGCUUUGAACGCGCUGACUACGACCGAGAGGCGCUGAUGCGGCCCAUGCCAUACGAUCCACAUGCUCCUCUACCACGCAGUCGUGCUGCUUGGGAGCAAGAGCAGGCGAUGCGCGCCCGCGAUCCUCGCAGCUGGGAUCCCAGAUAUGACCAGGAGGUCUACGCUCGGCCUGGCCGAGAGGUGGACGAGCGCCAGCAGCUGCCACAUCGGGAAUUUGCUGACGCAAGAUAUAUGGACGAAUACUCGGCACGCAGCCGCGCCCCCGCUGUCCACCCGGGCAUGUCGGAUACCAUUCCAUCGGACUACCCCGACCAGGAUAGAUCGGCCUAUCCGCGCAACGAUGACUCAGCUCGAGCGCUGCAUCGGCCCCCUCCUGCGUCGACGCAGGGCCCACCAUCGUCAGCAUAUCCACCCUUUCCAGGCCGUGGCGGCCAUCUCGAGGCCGCUUCGCAAGGUCGGAACUAUCCGUCGGCCCCUGCGCCUAUGCCUCUGCCCCCCGCUCGCGUCCACUCUCGAGGCUACGGCCCACCCGACCACGCCGCUCACGACCCUGCCAGGGCCUACGACGACCACGGCGCUCCUCCACCACCUCGCCGUGACCCUCGCUACAGCGCACCCUACGACGCUCGCAACCGACCUCCUGGCCGCUUUUCACCAUCGCCCCCGCCUCCAGGUAGCAUCGACUACAACGGCCGUGGUCAUUAUCCGCCUCCCACACAAUGGCGAUCCGGACCGUCGAGCCCGCGUCUCGCCGACUACCACAGCGCACCGCAACGCUCACCCGUCCCCACUUCUGCUCGCGGGAUCGCCGCUCCCCUGCCGGCCUUUGUCGGCGAACCUGCCGGUCGAGGCUACCCACCCGCCGCGUACGAGUCUGGUCCCCCUCCAGGACGCAGCAGCCGAUCGCCCAACCCAUACACGCGCGAAGGCGACUCGGACCGCUUUGGUGCAGGCAUGCGACCCGUCCUUCCACCGCUCGAUCGUGAGCGGGAUCCAGCCUAUGGUGCCCAAGGAGAGCGGUACUUGCCCUCUCCCUCCGGCUACGCGGGCAGAGGCGAGGUCGAAGCGGAUUGGGAACGAGAGCGCGCCAUGCGCGCGGGUAGGCCAGUGCGGGAGGACGAGUAUAGAAACAGGGAAUGGGAGCCAAGAGCGCCGGCUAGGCCGCCAUCGGGAGGUCCACCUAGAGGCUAUUGA